AUGACUGUCGAUAACAAGCCCGCCAUCGAUCUUUCUCUUGCCGGGCUCACUGGCACUUCUGCCAUCGCAGGUCCACCUCCAGCUCAGGAGUCAGACAUCCUCGAAACACAACCUACCAACACCAGCGAUGGCGACUAUGGAGCCAGGCCGCCCUACUUCCAGUCGACCUUCAAAGAAUGCCUCUUCGUCCUCACGACCACAGUCGCUGUGGGGCAGUCGUCGAUUUUCGGCGGCGCGAUCCUCACCAUGACUGCCUCAAUCUCCAAGUCCCUACACAUGACCGACGCCGAACUGACCUGGCUGUGGGCGGCACAGAACCUCGCAGGCGGCGCCUUCCUGUUGCUCUUUGGCCGCGUCGCCGACCUCUUCGGGCGUCGCUGGAUGCUUGUCGCCUCCCUGGGCAGCUACGCCGUGGUGCUGCUGGUAGCCGGCUUUGCCACUAGUGCUGUUUAUGCCGAUGUCAUGAGUGGCUUGCUCGGCGUCUGCGCCGCCGCGGCGGUGCCACCGGCCAUCGGGAAGCUGGGGGCUGUGUAUGCGCAGCCCAGCUGGCGCAAGAAUCGCGCGUUUGCAUGCUUUAGCGCCGGCUACCCGGUGGGCUUCGUUCUGGGUGCGUUCAUUGCUGGCGUGGCGACACAAGUGAGUAGUUGGCGGGCCGCACUGUGGACUAUGAGUGUGGUAUUCGGCGGCUUCACGAUACUGGCGCUGUGGACGGUGCCGAAGGAUGAGGAGCAGCAGUUGAGCAUCGGAUGGCGCACGUGGAGAGAGUUUGAUGUGCUGGGGGCGCUAUUGACGGUGGCCGGGAUAGGGAUGUUCACGGCGAGCUUUACAUUGACUGGGGACGCGCCGAAAGGAUGGGCGCAGGAAUACGUGAUCGUGUUGUUGGUCCUUGGAGCAGUAUGCGUGGCAGCCUUUUUGUGGUGGCAGGCGGUUUGCAAGACGCCGUUGAUGCCAUUGAGGGUCUUCCGAGACAAGAACUUCUCGAUCCUGCUGACGGUGUUGAGUUUGGGCAACAUGUCGUUUGCAGGGAACUUGUUUUGGAUCACGCUGUUGUGGCAACGAAUUGAGCGCCAGAGUCCGCUUCAGGUGGCAGUGAGGCUCUUACCUAGUGGGAUGGGAGGCAUACUCGUCAACAUCACUGCCGGGUUCAUUAUGCACAGAGUCAGCAAUAAGUUGCUCAUGGUCAUUGCUUCGAUAAGCAUGGCCGUUGCCAGCAGUCUUUGGAGUGCCACGGGUCCUGAUUUGUCCUAUUGGGACUUGAGCUUCGUUGCGCAAAUCUGCUCGGUCAUCGGUGUCGACUUUAUGUUUACUGUUACCAAUAUGUAUGUUAUGAGUUCUUUGCCAGCUCAUCAGCAGUCGAUUGCGGGAGGGAUAUUUAACACAGUUACGCGACUUGUUUCUACCGUGGGGCUCGCCGUCCAGACAGCCGUAUACAAUGGAGCAGGCGGCGCCUCAGAAGGACCAGAUUCAUUGAGGUAUCGACCAUAUCAGGCCACGGUCUGGGUUUCACUGGCAGGGACAUGCAUCGGGCUCGCCCUGGUCCCAUGGUUGACGUUAGGCACACAGGGCCACAGGAAGAAGGUCUCGUGA